GCUAAAAUCGAUGUGGUGCUAAAGUCACUGAUCUUUCUGAGUUUCUAUCACCGAAAUUGCCCUUUCCUCUCUUAGCCUCGCAGACUAGCACUUCUCAAUAAAAACCUCUUGCCCCUGAGAGUUUCUUGGUUUGCAAAGAAAGCCAAGUAUGCAUUCCACAAUGGCACCGUUCAACACUUUCAAGCUGUCCAUGUUCAUAAUCCUAACGCUUCAACCACCACCAACCCUUUCUCUCACUCCCUGCAGAACCUCCUGUGGCAGCAUUGCCAUAAACUAUCCCUUCGGCAUCGAUGAUGGGUGCGGCGCACCACAGUUUCGGCACAUGCUGAACUGCAGCACUGACUUGUUUUUUUUAACCCCUUCGGGUGGUUACAAGGUCCAACAUAUAGAUUAUGACAAAAAAACAAUGACUAUAUAUGAUCCUGCUAUGUCAACAUGCUCCAUUCUACAACCCCAUCAUGAUUUUAUCAUGACAGACAUUCAAUCUGUUACUAUCCCUCCAACACCAGACACUGUUUUUGCUCUUCUUAAUUGCUCCAUCGACUCUCCGGUACUUAACCAUUACAAAAACCUUUGUUUCAGCUUCGCUGGACACUCUUGUGAUGAAUUAUAUGGCGCGUGCAAUGCUUUUAGAGUUUUCCAUUUGUUAACUAAUAGUUCUCCACCCUGUUGUUUUACGGGAUAUGAUACUGUGAAGUUUAUGAGCAUGAAUAUUUUGGACUGCACGCAUUAUACUACUGUGAUUAAUACUGAUAGUUUGAUGGGUAUUGUACCUUCGGAUUGGGUUUAUGGGAUCAAACUUUCUUAUAGUGUGCCUGAAACUGGUUGUGAACGGUGCUCCCAAUCAGGUGGGACUUGUGGGUAUGAUACUGAGACAGAAGGAAUGAUGUGUCUGUGCUCGAGCUCUUCAAAUUAUACUAGAGAAUGUGCUGGAGGCAGUCUUACAGCAGGUGAUCAUAGAAGCAGCCAUUCUCCGUGGAUGUUCUUCAAUGUUGCAAUUUUACUUGUUUUGAGUUCGUUACCAGUGAUUAGAUGAUCAUGAUUGUAUUGUAAAUCAUUUCUAUAUCUUACCAUUUUCCCUCCUAUUUAUUUCAUCUGUUUUAGCUGAAGUUGUGGGACUUGGAAGCAGAGAAAACUUGUAAUAUGGCCAAACGAAUUUGAGAAAAUGUACUGAAUUUCUUUUAA